UGGAGCGCAGUUGUGAGGACGGUCGCGGACGCGGACAGAGGGUCGCACAUAUGCUCUCACAGCGCCGCAGCUCUGAGGAUUACAGCCGCAGCAAAGGACCCUCACUGCGCCUUUUGGAGCCAACAAUUCACUGUGGAUAUACUUACACCAAAGGAAUAUAAAGAGGGGAUUAGGAAAGGACAGAACAUCCAUCAUCAUGGAUGGAGUAAAGGUGUCUGUCGUCCUUGUGGGAAUUCUGGUGGGGCUGGUUUCAGUGACCUGUGGACUGUUACCACCGACCAUCGUGUCCAAUCAAGACGAGUUCAUCCUGCAGCCAAACUCUGUGUUCAACAUCAGCUGUACGGGGAAGAGGAAUGUGGUUUGGGCUGAACCCCUACCCCAAAACACCUUUGUUUACCCGGGUUACUACACAGCCACGCUCUUCAUUUACAACGCCACCGUGGAAAACACAGACUACUACAUGUGUGUCUACCAGAGCCAGGAGGGAGAACCUGAAGACAAUGAGGCGGGGAUAUACGUCUUUGUUCCAGAUCUGCAGGCUCCAUUUGUCCCCGAGUCACCUGAGAAGCUCGUUGUCCCCAUGGACGAUCCUGGAGUCCUCAUCUCCUGUCGAGUGUCUGACCCGAACACUCUGGUCGUCCUGAGGAGCGUCCCCGACGGGGAGGAGAUGCAGGCUUACUACGACAGCAAGAUGGGAUUCUUUGGCAGCCUGAUGCCUGGACAGUACCACUGUGAAACCAGCGUGAACGGAGAGACAGUCACAUCUGUGAUUUAUACCGUGGAGAUGAAGGCCCCCGCAGAGAUGGAGGACUUUAGCGUGGAGGUAAAGGCCAGCGAGGAGACGGUGAGAGCUGGACAGUCCUUCAACAUCACUUGUGUCGCUCCAGCAGGACCGGGCUUUCAGCAGCAGUGGCUCCAUCCGAAAAAACAGGCUGUAGAUGCAGUUCAGAUGAAACACACUCUGCCUGACCGGGUCAUCUACAAACUCAGUGUCCCACAAGCCACCUCUCAGGACAGCGGCACUUACGAGUGCUCCGUCACCCGCGAGAUCAGCGGAGAGGUCAGAGUCGGCAGCGUGGCUGUAACUGUCAUUGAAGACAACUCCUUUGUGGCUCUGGAUCACAGCGGGAUUUUUGAGACAGAGUUUGUCAGCCUUUUGGAAGAGACAGAGUUCACCAUCCUCAUUACCGCAUACCCGGCUCCUAAAGUCAUGUGGAUGAAAGACGGGAAAGCCAUCCCAGAGAGCUACUACGUCCUGACCAAAACCAGCCACAUUGAAGGGAAUCGGUAUCAAAGCAUUCUGACAUUACGGCAGCCGCUUGUAAAAGAUGACGGGAAUUACACAAUCACAGCUGUCAGCGGCUCUCGCACCACCCAGUUCUCCUUUAACCUCAAAGUCAAAGCCCCCACCUCGGCCAUGUUCCCCCCGUCCUCCGCUCCUGUCCUGCUGCCUCAGGUGGAGGAGCUGGUGGUGCCCCUCCACACUCCGUUCACCCUGACCUGUCGGGGGGAGGCGAAGCUGGCCUGGGAGACUCCUCUGGAAGUCCCAGAGAAAACCCAAGAGGACAACAGCGGCCUGUUUGUGACCACCAUCACCGUGGACCAUGCCACCGCCAUGCACACGGGCUACUACAUCUGUUUCUACAGCAGGAACGACACGGACGCCGGAGAGGACAGCAGCAUCUACAUAUAUGUGCCCGAUCCCGACGUCCCCUUUGUGCCGUCCCCGGUGCCUUUUGGAAACCACGUCCUCUCCGACCAUGAGGAGAUGGAGAUCCAGUGUCGAGUGUCUGAUCCCAGUGCUAAUGUGACCCUGGUUAACGUUGACACACUGGAGCCUGUGCACAGUGUUUAUGACAGCAAAAGGGGCGCCCUGGGAGUGUUCACAGCUGGAACCUACGUCUGCAAGGCCCUCAUAAACGGAGAGGUGCACUACAGCGGGGAAUACAUCGUCCACGGCUGGACAGGUGGUGCAGAGCUGCAUGUGGAGCUGACAGCCAAACGCACCGCUCUGCUCGUGGGAGACAUGCUCACAAUCACCUGUAUCGCUCGGGGGUCGGAGAUUCUGGAAGACCACUGGAAAUAUCCCGGAAAACUGUCUAACCGUGCAGUUAAAACCUUGCAUGAGAACAAGAGGGACCAGGAGAUCCUUUACACACUCACCAUUCAUCAAGCCUCAACCAAAGACAGCGGCAUCUACUCAUGCUCCAUCACUGAUAUCAUCAGCAAUGAGAGCCAGACAAAGCAGCUAGCUAUUCAGGUGUAUGCCGGUGAGUUCCUGUCCAUCCGGCCAGAGUUCAGAGAGUAUGAAUCUGCCGAGCUGGACGAGGUUCGAGAGUUCAGGGCUUUGAUCAGCGCCUUCCCCAACGCUCAAGUCACCUGGCUCAAAGACGGUGUCCCGCUCAGCGACGUGACGGCAGAGAUCACCACCAGCCUGCGGCAGCUCAGUGAGACCAGCUACGCGAGUGUUCUCACCCUGAUCCGCGCCAAGGAGGAGGACAGCGGGAACUACACCAUGCAGGUGGAGAAUGGAGACCAGAGGAGCAGUGUGGGGUUGAAGCUGGAGGUCAAAGUGCCUGCAGUCAUUGUAGACCUGAUGGACAUCCACCACGGCUCCGCCUCAGGACAGUCCGUGGUGUGCAUCACCAGAGGGCAGCCCACUCCUGUGGUGGAGUGGUUCAUCUGCAAGAACAUCAAACAUUGCGCCAACGACACGUCUUCCUGGGUGCCCCUUCCUGCCAACUCCACGGAGAUCACCGUGGACUCCCACAUGGACGAGGAAGAUAACCUGGAGAGUCAGGUCAUGUUCGGUCACCUGGAGAAAACGCUGGCCGUGCGCUGCCUGGCUAGGAACGAGAUGGCGGCCGUGAGCAGGGAGGUCAAACUGGUGUCCAACGGCCCCCACCCCGAGCUGACCGUAGCCGCUGCUGUGCUGGUGCUGCUCGUCAUUGUCAUCAUCUCACUCAUUGUGUUGGUUAUUAUUUGGAAACAGAAACCCCGCUAUGAGAUCCGCUGGAGGGUCAUAGAGUCUGUGAGUCCAGACGGUCACGAGUACAUCUAUGUGGAUCCCAUGCAGCUUCCCUAUGACUCCAGAUGGGAGUUCCCCCGCGACAGACUCGUCCUCGGUCGUAUCCUGGGCUCCGGAGCUUUUGGGAAGGUUGUGGAGGGCACUGCUUACGGACUGAGCCGCUCCCAACCGGUGAUGAAGGUGGCAGUGAAGAUGCUGAAGCCCACAGCACGCUCCAGUGAGAAACAGGCCCUGAUGUCUGAGCUGAAGAUCAUGACUCACCUUGGACCACAUCUCAACAUCGUCAACCUGCUGGGAGCGUGCACCAAGUCAGGCCCCAUCUACAUAAUCACAGAGUACUGCUUCUAUGGAGACCUGGUCAACUAUCUGCACAAGAACAGGGAGAAUUUCCUCAGCCUGACCCCGGAGAAGAGCAAGAAAGAGCUCGACAUCUUUGGAAUCAACCCUGCAGAUGAGAGCAGCAGGAGUUAUGUGAUCCUGUCAUUUGAGAGCAAAGGAGACUACAUGGACAUGAAGCAGGCUGACAACACUCAGUACGUCCCCAUGCUGGAGAUGAGCAACUCCUCAAAGUACACAGACAUCCAGUCGUCCGAGUACGACCACCCCCCCUCUAUGAAAGAGGGAGAGAUGGAUGACCUAAUGUCAGAGGACAUGAACGAGGGCCUGUCCACCACUGACCUGCUCAGCUUUACCUACCAGGUGGCCAAAGGGAUGGAGUUCCUGGCCUCCAAAAAUUGUGUACACCGGGACCUCGCUGCAAGAAACGUCCUCCUCUCUCAGGGGAAGAUAGUGAAGAUCUGUGACUUUGGAUUGGCCCGAGACAUCAUGCACGACAACAACUACGUCUCCAAAGGGAGUACUUUCCUGCCUGUGAAGUGGAUGGCACCUGAGAGUAUUUUUGACAACAUGUACACCUCUCUCAGUGAUGUUUGGUCCUACGGUAUCCUACUUUGGGAGAUAUUCUCUUUAGGCGGGACCCCGUACCCCGGGAUGGUUGUGGAUUCAAGCUUCUACAACAAGAUCAAAAGUGGAUACAGGAUGUCUAAACCAGAGCAAGCUCCUCAUGACGUGUAUGAGAUGAUGAUGAAGUGCUGGAACAGUGAGCCGGAGAAGAGGCCGACCUUCCUGGGUUUGAGUGAGACGGUAGCGUCUCUGCUGCCCUCCAGCUACAGGAGGCAUUAUGAAAGGGUGAACCACGACUUCCUGAAGAGCGACCACCCCGCUGUGACCCGAGUCUGCAUGGAGAACGACGACGCAUACAUCGGCAUCACCUACAAGAACCAGGGCAAGCUGAAGGACCGGGAGAGCGGCUUUGACGAGCAGCGGCUGAGCUCUGACAGCGGCUACAUCAUCCCCCUCCCAGACCUGGACCCCUUAUCUGACGAUGAAUAUGGAAAGAGGAACAGACACGGCUCUCAGACGUCCGAGGAGAGCGCAAUCGAGACCGGCUCCAGCACCUCCACUUUUGCAAAGCGUGAAGGCGAGACUCUUGAGGACAUCACACUGCUGGACGAGAUGUGUCUGGACUGUAGUGACCUGGCAGAAGACAGCUUCCUGUGACGUCUACCUCCCACACCCCGCCCCCCCGCCUAUAGAGCACACAGAACAAAGACACAGGGACGCAAGGACUCAGGAGACUAAGACUUGUAAAUCUACCAAAGACUCUGCAGCCUUGCCCCUCCUCAGAACAAAAACCACUUCUUCACUGUGUGGACAGGUCUGUGGUAAAGUGCACGGUAUACCCUACACCUCCUGGACACUGCCCCCUGCUGGGUUGGAGGACGAAAAAACGACAUAUAAAGGACUCAGAACCAUCGAGCCUGGACCGAUGAAAACGAAAAAAGAUUGUCUUUGUUUUCGUAAAGCUUUAUUCUAUCGGGCAUUCUUUUAACAGCAAUAUAAGCAAGAAGGGACGGCUUCAACAUGUUGGUCAGAAGCUCCAAACGAACACCUGCAGGAUCUUUCAUAAGAUAUUUAACCACUACAGUAAAAAAAAAAAAUGAAUCCAAUACUAGCAACAGCAUUGACAGGAAGACUCACCUGCUGCGAGAGAAGAGACCCUGACGCUGGUACAAUCAGAAGCAAUAAGCACAACAUCUGGACUGUGUGCAUUCCUGAUGUGUAUGACCGUAUCAUGUUUUCAAAUGACUUAAUACGUGCAGUUACCAAAUUUAUUUUUUUACUUCAUCCUUAUGUAAACAUGUAUUAUUUGUGAAUAGAUGUCGAGCAUAGCUGUUUGAAUGGUUAUGAGAGUUGCAUGCAUCUCCGCAGUGUCUCACUUUUAGCUCAAACACAACGUGAUGUCCUCAAAGUCGUCCCUGUUUAAGACUCAAGUCGUAUUUGCCAAAUGAAGCAUGAUUGUAUUGUAAAUAGCUCCAGAGUUGUUUUAUAAGAGGAUUAUUGGGAUAACAGUAUUUUUAUAAAAGCACAUUUGAAGCGCCUGCACCCUCCUUUGACCAAGUGUAGCUGAUACUUUUGGAUGAAUUCAUCACAAGUACAUUUGUAAAUUUGAAAAAUUUGAAAACAUGUGCCGCCAUAAAAUACAGCACAUUGUCUUUGGCUAUAUUAGUGGAUGAGAAACAAUCAGAUUUUGUAAGGGUUUGGAUAUCCGACAUGUAAAGUUUUAAUACAUUUUGGCACCUAUGAACGCAGCAUCCUUCACACUGUGGUGUGUUCAUGAGCUUAAAAUCAAAAUAUGAAAUAAACAAGGUCCCUACAAAACAAAAUGUGAUGUAAUUUAAAAAACACAGAAGUGAUUUAGUUUGCUCUGCAUGAACAGCAACAAAUUUGUACAACCUCAAACAGUAAAUCAAGUAAAAACUGAGUCAAACAUUGUGAUUUAAUUCAAAGUUUUUGACCAUAAAGUAAACGUUUGCUUUGGACCUCAAUGCUUCAGUCUAACUUUGCGAGUUGAAUUGAAAGAUUUAACAAGUUUUUCCAACUUCUACCAACUUUAAGGAGCGAGGGACACUUUUUUUUGUUUUCAAUUAUUCCAACACCAGGUGAAUGCAGUUAGCCACAUCAGAACAUUUGUAAAAAAGAAAGGGAUAAAAGAGAGAGUUUGAAAUCAAAAAGAAAAUUGUAUCCAGUAUAAUGCUUCUUACUGUACAAACAGUUUGUCCAGUCUCAUAUUGUAUCUACUGUCCUGAAGUCAAUUAGCAGGUUCUAGUUACACUUAGACAUUAGAGGGACUAGAUUCAUGUGAAUCUGAUGUUAUACAUCAGUUACAGUACGUGUCGACUCUUUGAAAUCCUCGUUAUUAUCCACCAGCUGAUCCACUGCCUCCGCCUCUCUGUCCACUGUGAUUGAAUCUGCAACCAGCUGCUGCACUUUGCUUUGUUUUCCUGUUUGUCGUGGAUGUUGGUGAAGAGUUGAAGCUAGAGGGAAAAAAAGGAUGGGAAAGGAAGCUUUGUUUGAUGUUUAAAGCCGUGUGGAUGUGAAUGUUUGUGUUGUCGACGGUACAGCCUCUCUGUAAUCACACCCAAUAUGAUGAUUUAGUAUUCCAUUAUUUUACAACAUGUACAUUCAGAUGAUUUAUAUUUCAAUAAAUGAUUUAUUAUGUAUAAAA